GGCGGGUGGAGGCUGUUUAAAGGCAGAGUGGCGAGGUGCUAGUUUAGGUUGGGACGAGACUGCGCCCUGGCGAUGGCCCUACCCUGUCGCCGAGGUCCCAGGUGCCUCAGGCAGAGCGAAGCGUCCAGUGAGGGUGCCUGGCCCGGAUGCAAGACCAGAACCCGGUAAACAGAAGAUUCAACUCCCAGAAACCGCCUGGAACCUGUGAGGAAUCAUGCUUACCUUGGCGUGGAGCAGAGCAGAAUGGUAAAUUCGAUGCCAAGAAGUGGGGGCAUUUUCUUCCAGCAAUGAACUCCUCGUCUCACCUGACUUUAUUGGAUCUUACCCUGAACGCCUCGGAGGACAGCAUUUUAGGACCAAAUGUCCAGAACAAGUCUUCCGCCUGUGAAGAGAUGGGCAUUGCCGUGGAGGUGUUCCUGACGCUGGGUCUCGUCAGCCUCUUAGAGAACAUCCUGGUCAUUGGGGCCAUAGUGAAGAACAAAAACCUGCACUCACCUAUGUACUUCUUUGUGGGCAGCUUAGCAGUGGCCGACAUGCUGGUGAGCAUGUCCAAUGCCUGGGAGACCAUCACCAUAUACUUGCUAAAUAACAAACACCUGGUGAUCGCAGACACUUUUGUGCGUCACAUCGACAAUGUGUUUGACUCCAUGAUCUGCAUCUCUGUCGUGGCCUCCAUGUGCAGUUUGUUGGCUAUUGCGGUGGACAGGUACAUCACCAUCUUCUAUGCCUUGCGCUACCACCACAUCAUGACUGCGAGGCGCUCGGGGGUGAUCAUCGCCUGCAUCUGGACCUUUUGCAUAAGCUGUGGUAUCGUUUUCAUCAUUUACUAUGAGUCCAAGUAUGUGAUCAUUUGCCUCAUCUCCAUGUUCUUCACCAUGCUGUUCUUCAUGGUGGCCCUGUAUAUACACAUGUUCCUCCUGGCCCGGAACCAUGUCAAGCGGAUAGCAGCUUCCCCCAGAUACAGCUCUGUGAGGCAAAGGACCAGCAUGAGGGGUGCCAUCACCCUCACCAUGCUACUGGGGAUUUUCAUUGUCUGCUGGUCUCCCUUUUUCCUUCACCUUAUCUUAAUGAUCUCCUGCCCUCAGAACGUCUAUUGCUCUUGCUUUAUGUCUUACUUCAACAUGUACCUUAUACUCAUCAUGUGCAAUUCUGUGAUCGAUCCUCUCAUCUAUGCCCUCCGCAGCCAAGAGAUGCGGAGGACCUUUAAGGAGAUCCUCUGUUGUCAUGGAUUCAGGCGAACUUGUAGGCUCCUUGGCAGGUAUUAAACCCCUCCCCCUUCUCGGUGGCUCUCAUCUCUCAGUCAGUUAGGUUCAGCCAGGGCAUAAUUAAGACUGUUAAGGAUCUCAAAUGUAUUCUUCUUUAUCUCCUUUGCGGCUCGGUUUGGUUAUUGCAUGUUGUAGGUAUGUGAAUUAUCUCCAUGGUGAGAAUGGUCUGUGACAAUUUUUUUUUUUUUUUUUUUUUUUUUUUUUUUUUUUUUUUUUUUUUUACUCCUUGCUCACUCUCUGCUCCCCAUUCCAUUUUAGGAGGAGGCUCAUGUCACCAUGAGUGGGCUUUGGGUUUGGUUUAGCUUUCCUCAUACUGCUGACCAUGUUUGCCGGAUGUACCUUUUGCAUUCUUUUCAGGAACAGAGAGACAUCUGGCUCCUUUUCAUUUGAGACUUCUAUUUUAUUUGCUACAGGUGUCUCUAUAGCUCGUAUAUCCUAGACUUCUGGCUUCUUCUGGCUUGCAUUCAGAAUUGUCUGGGGGACCAACCUUAAAAACUUAUACUCUUGUCCAUUAUAGUUUUGGACUUAUUCAGACAUGAAACUUCUAUGCUAAACACUUUGCUUCAUGUUUUGUGAAAACCUCCAUGUCUCUGGUUGUCUUAUUUCUGACUCAAUUCAGCGUUUCCAAGAAAUUGAGGUGGGGGGUGGGGGGCGGUCAUGUUGGCGACUCUAGGUACAAACCCACCCUCACUCCAUUUAGCACUUGCUCAGAGUCAAACUAGGUUGGCUUUCUCACACAUAGUCAUUCAACAGCUCUUCGUGUCUGAAAGAUCCCACUGGAUGCUUUACAGCAUCUUAACAUGCCUCUAGCAACCAUCAAAGGCUGGGUCCACAGCAAAGCCAUGCCAUUUUCUCUAGUCUGGAGUGGAGGAAAGGGAUGCAAGCUCAAGCGCUAACCCUGAUGACACUGGCUAUGUGUCCUUCACUCCACUCCAGGGUCCACCUCUGUGCUGACCUCUCAGAAUGGACAUAAGAACUAUCUAAAAAAAAAAUGAGAGAACUUCUUAUAAAAUUUGAAAAACACAGAGGAUUUUUUUUUUAAAGUUAUUUAAAGGAACUGAUCCACAUAGGUGAGAUCACAUAGAGUAACAUGAAGGAAGGGUACAGGUGUCCGUGGCUGGAGCAGUGUUUUGGAUGCCAAGAGACUUGCUGCACUCAAUAGAGCCAUGUGGCCCUCUGGAUCCCAGUGAAGAUCACAGGGUUAGAAUAAGACUUUGAUCUUGGUGGUCACUCCAAGCUAUCUAACCAAACACCCACCUAUCUAUCAUUAGUCUGAUUCUCUGCUCUGGGUGCUAAAAUGACUUACUACAAAUCUUGACCUUUAUAUUAAGGUAUUUAAGAACACGCCUGACUGCAUUUUAAUCUCUAUGUAAACAAAAUAGCCCUUGUGUUCAACUGUUGUUGUGUUUGAGAUCUUCAUCUGAACUGAAGGGAAUGAGUCCCUGCAGCUCACAGGUUCCAUUACACGGUCGUGUGCUACCAUUAAUGUUUUCUCUUUUGUUGGAGACUUGACAUCUAGGCUGUUUCCAAAUGAAAGAAAAAUGUAAAUAAAGCAGUGUACAUACAGGUCAUCCCACAGUGAACUGUGGGUGUAAAAGGCGUCCUGUCUACAGAAGAUUGUAAGGGCAGAAGAACUUUCUAGUAUAGUGUCAUAAUUAGUUUGUGAGCAUGAUCAGCGACCCCUCUAGGAGCUCAGCAUAGAAAGAAAGGAAGAAGGAAAGAAAGAAAGAAAGAAAAAAAAAACGUAGUGCUGGUGUUCACAGCAAGGUGCAUGAGAUGUUCAAAUCUUUACAAAAUGGAAAACAGAUUGUUCGCAACCGGUUUGCAAAGAGCCUCCAGCUUUUCAAAGUGUUUCCCGUUUGAAGCUGCUGAGUAUUCACACACAGGAAGUAAAAAUUCUCACUGACACCAUUGUAGAAAGCAGAGUCCCCCGUUGCCAUGGAUGUUGCCUGGACGUGGCUGUGUGCGGGCUUCCUCUCGUCUGUACAGAGCAAGCACUUGCAGUGUUUGUAGUUUCCAAGUUGAAUCUUCUGCUUAGAGUCCUUGAGGAUGAAGCAAGGUGACUCUAGUUCUAAUCACAGGGCUAGAAUAAGACAUUGAUCUUGGUGGUCACACUGCUCGUCCGGACACCCAACUGUCUGUCACUAGUUUGACUCUGCACCCAGAGGGUGCUAAAAUGACUUACUACAAUGAAGGUAUUUAAGAACACGCUCGACUGCAUUUUAAUCUCUACGUAAACAAAAUAGCCCUCGUGUUCAACUGUUGUUGUGUUUGGGAAAAUAUAAGCCUCUAGUAACUUGUUACAUUCAUGCAAAUAAGCCAACCUCAAAAUGAAGUCCCCUUAACAAAAGAAGAACACACAUGCAUGUCAAACGUGUGCAAUUGUAUGUUAGCUUUCUGUCUCUGUGGGAAAUGUAUUCACAUGAAGUUCCCUUAACAAAAGAAUACACAUGCAUGUCAAACACGUGGCAUUGUAUGUUAGCUUUCUGUCUCUGUGUGAAAUGUAUUUGCUGUAAAAUACGUCCAAAGAAAUAGUUAGUAAAGUAGAGGGAUGAUUCAAUUUAUACUAAUAAACAUAUAUAAUUAAUAAAAUGGAUGGUCUAACUAUACUUUACAAUUGGUCAUUUAAAUAUGUGAGAUUUGGAGUGUUUUAUUUUUUUAAUCGUUCUGGAAACUUUCUGGUAGGUAUUACAAAAUGAGAAUGUAUAUGCAUUGGUAAAUUUUACUUGACAGCAUUUAUUACCUAUAGUAUAGACAUUUGAAAUGAUAUUAAUCCUACAAAUAAAAUAAACUUUAUACUUCACUCUA